AAUAAAUUCUCAUUUACAGAUUACUGUGACUACGAUUGGUUACGGUGAUACUGUCCCCCAGACGUGGAUGGGGAAAAUAGUCGCCUCGUGUUUUAGCGUGUUCGCUAUAUCUUUCUUCGCACUUCCAGCGGGGAUACUGGGCUCGGGGUUCGCGCUGAAGGUUCAGCAGAAGCAACGGCAGAAGCACUUCAACCGGCAGAUACCGGCGGCCGCGAUGCUGAUUCAGUGCCUGUGGAGGUGUUACGCCGCGGACAAGGCGAUAAACAGCGUGGCCACGUGGAACAUCUACAUCAAGGACCCAGCGCCGACCGGGCAGCCGUCGACGCCGUUGGGAAAGUUGAUUUGUGUAAAGAAGAUGUCUCUGAUGAUCCAGGUGGCAAAGAAGGCGAGCGUACUGAAGAGGCGGAAGUCGCGGAACCGGAUGGACGUCCAACAGCAGCAGCAGCAGCAGCAGUCGCAGCCGCCGGUGACGAUAUCCGGUGGCAUAUCCAGCGGCGGCGAUGCCGGAGGCCAGAACGAGAACCAGCGGAUGGACAACCAGGGUGACAUUAUCUUCUACAUGGAGGAACCGAAAGCGGGCACGCCUAAUCGCGUCAGGCGCGACAACCGCGUAUUUCCGAUUGGCAGGGGAAGCCUGUUCACCUCGCAGACGAGCUCCGUCACCGAGGCUACCAGCGACGAGAACGACAUCGAUAUGGAGGAUCCGCCGAGAGUCACCACGUAAGUUUUAUCUCAACGUCCACGGAAAUUAUGCGAAUCUCUUAUGCGAAUUUAGUGAUUUGUUAAUCGAUUAAAAUACGUGCUAUUCAUGGACUUUUGAGACACUCUGUGCGAGUCUUUUGUAAAAUUAUGUGUGAUGAAUCGAAAAAUCGAUAAGGGCCAGAAGUAGGUGACGGGUUCCAAUUUAGGAAAACUGAGCUAACCGUGAUAUAUCUGAAGAACCAUGACCCAGGUCCGAGGCCGACGUUGACUGUCCUCAGUCUCUAAAACCCUACAUCUUUUGUUUAACACAUUUUUCUCUCCGGCAAAAGUACGAAAAUCUGCCACUUGGUAAUGUCGUCUAUACGACGAAGAAUUACGUUUAAAUUCGUAAGUUUGAUGAUCAUCGUGGGACGCAUUGAAAGUCAAGUUUCAUUGCCAGUGAACGAUCAUGAGGAGACAAACAGAAGAACGACGGUAUUAACGUUUCUGGAAAGAGCCGCGUUACCUCGCGGCGGCUCCCGUGAAAGGAUUUCCAGCUUCCUCCCACGUCUCACCCCCGUCGCUGUCUCUUUAUUUUUUUUCCCUCCCCCUCUGAACCAACUCCGAAAAGCACGGCGUGUAAGUGCUUUUUCCACCGCUGCCAUUACUUCGCUCCGCGGGCGGCCUACAUUCUUUGGAAAAACUGAUACUCGAACAGUUUCGACACAAAGAACGCGAGUCUACCCUUUUCUCUCUUUAUUUCCUCUUCCCCUCCCCCCCUUUC